UCCCUCCCCUCUCGCUUUACUCGGUCUCGCCGCCCCAUCUUUCACCCCCCCACCCCCCAAAAACCAACGCCGCCUCCUCCUCCGGUCACGAUUCCCCCCCGUAAGCCGCGGCGAUGAUGCAGCAAGCGGCGAGCAGCAACGCUGAGACACGGCAGCAGCAGUGGGUGCCGGCGAUGCAGUACCCCCCGCAGCCGGCGAUGGUGAUGGCGCCGCACCAGAUUGUGGCGCCGCCGAUUCCGCAGUACGCACAACACCUCGUGCCUUACCACCAUCCUCCGGUGCUGACGCCGCAGCACCAUGGGGCCGGAGCGAACUCGGCGGCGGCGGGUGGGGAGGAGAACAAGACGAUCUGGGUCGGGGACCUCCACUACUGGAUGGACGAGAACUACCUCCAUAACUGCUUCGGGCACACCGGCGAGGUUGUUUCCAUCAAAGUCAUCCGCAAUAAGCAGACUGGACAGUCAGAGGGAUAUGGUUUCGUGGAGUUCUAUACACACGCAGCAGCUGAAAAAGUACUUCAAAACUUUGGUGGUCAUACAAUGCCUAACACUGAUCAACCUUUUAGGCUAAAUUGGGCAUCAUUUAGUAUGGGUGAUAGACGUUCAGAUGCUUCCUCUGAUUACUCUAUAUUUGUAGGAGAUUUAGCUUCUGAUGUUACUGAUGCCACAUUACAAGAAAUUUUUGCUAGUAAAUACCCAUCUGUAAAAGGCGCAAAAGUUGUUAUUGAUGCAAAUACUGGCCGUUCAAAGGGUUAUGGAUUUGUAAGAUUUGGAAAUGAAAAUGAGAAGACACUUUCCAUGACUGAAAUGAAUGGUGUAUACUGUUCAACCAGACCAAUGCGCAUUGGUCCAGCAACUCCCAGAAAGUCAUCUGGGGUUUCUGGAUCUAAUGGUUCAUCUGCUCAAUCAGAUGGAGACUUGACUAACACAACAGUAUUUGUCGGAGGACUUGACCCAAAUGUUAGUGAAGAUGAUCUUAAGCGGACAUUUUCUCUAUAUGGUGAGAUUGCCUCAGUAAAAAUACCAGUUGGGAAACAAUGUGGAUUUGUGCAGUUCGUCCAAAGAAACAAUGCUGAAGAGGCACUGCAGGGGUUAAAUGGAACAGUUAUUGGAAAGCAGACUGUACGUCUUUCUUGGGGCCGCAACCCUGCAAACAAACAGUUACGAUCUGACUUGGGUAACCAGUGGAACGGCAUGUAUUAUGGAGGGCAAUUUUAUAAUGGGUAUGUAUAUGCUGCACCAGUUCCAGACCCGAGCAUGUAUGCUGCUUAUGGGGCUUAUUCUUUCUACGGGAACCAACAACAAGUGAGCUGAAAAGAGGCUUCACUGAGCUGUUCUAGCUGUAGUGAGUGAAACACCAGACGGUUUUAGGCGAGUAAGAUGUAGCUAAUGGUAAUGUAAAAUGCAUCGUGGAAACUAGCACUUCUGAAUGUCCCCCCUUUGAAAUUGUCAGAUUUAAUUCAUAAAUUUUGACUGGUUGUGGGAAGUAAAUUAGAUCAUUUCAACA